AUGUACCAGGACAAGUCCGUUCAAGAGUUGACCGAGAUAAUCGAUGAUCUUACUCGAUCCAUCAAUUUGUUGGAAUCAAUAGGACAUUAUGGGGCUCCAUCUUUGCAAGAAGAACUCGUGAGCUCUUCCAAUCUAACAGAUCUGUUGGUCAAGACGCAAGAAACCUCUAACAACAAUCCGACAAGACCUUCCAGUGGAGCUCCCUUGAGCAAAGUGUUGCUAUCCACGUCAGUGUGCCAUAAGAUGCUUCAACACGCGGGAAACGGUGGAGACAUUGAAGUCAUGGGAAUGUUGAUAGGAAGGGUCUUUCAUAACAGUUUUGUUGUAUUUGACUGCUUUUCACUGCCUGUCGAGGGAACAGAGACCAGAGUGAAUGCUCAGUCGGAGUCUUAUGAGUAUAUGGUCAGUUACGUGGACGAGCUUUACGGAAAAGAUAGCAAGAAAUGGAAAGUUGUGGGCUGGUACCAUUCGCACCCGGGAUACGACUGUUGGUUGAGCAACAUUGACAUCGAGACCCAGAGACUGAACCAAAAAUUUCAAGACCCUUACGUGGCUCUUGUCAUCGACCCGAAGAAGUCGACACAGAACGGAAAACUUGCCCUUGGAGCGUUCAGAACAAUAGAUGAGAAGACUGACGGUGGCGAAAGUGCGGCGUCUAAUCUGGCCCUGUAUUCUAACACUAAUCAUGAUUCAGCAAUGCAAUACUAUGAGCUUGAAAUUUCAGCAUUCGACAGCCAACUUGAUGCUCCGUUGAAUAAUUUUUCUGCCAAGAGUACAGCACCACUCGAAACAACAUCAGAUGAGGGUUUGUUUCUGCUUGAACAAUUGCUCGAGAUUGUAAAGAGCUCUCAAAAUUUCGACAAUAUGAGGAGGACCGGUCCCUGGGAAAUUCCCAAUAUUAUCAAUACAGGUGAAAUGGCUUCGGAACGACUCAAUGACGCCGAAGCAGCUCGGGCAGCUGAAGACAGUGCUGAAGAUAUCUUUGAGCUGAAGGUUUGCAACUCAGCUGACAGCGACAGUGACGUAGAAAUGGGUUCCAAUACGGCCGGCGACACGACCGCUGAACGUAGUAGUAUCUCAACGGAUAUGGUCGAACAAAAUGCUGGGGAAACCGUUAAUGCGGGCAACACCUUGAGUUUACAAAAUGAGUUUCUGUUGAGAAGGAAAAGAUUGCAAAGAUUUAAACUACAGGAGUACCGUGACUUGCGGUUCUUUCGCGAUUCAUUUCUUAUAUGA